AUGCCAUAUUUUAAUUCCAAAAAUGAACCCAUAACACUGAUUGUACUAAGUAUGUCUAGUCAACUCUAUUUGUUGCAAUUAGUUAAAAGUGGAACUGAACAUGCAACCUGUAUUAAUAUUGCUACAUAACAAACGCAUCAUAUAUGGCAUGUUUAUUUACCAGACUUUGAACCUGGUCAAAUAUAUGCUUAUCGCAUUGAUGGCCGAUAUGACCCAUGCAAUGGCCAUCGUUUCAAUGUAAAUAAACUAUUAAUUGAUCCCUAUACUCGAGCUAUCAUUGGUACAUUAGAAUGGGACGAUUCAUUAUUUGGUUAUGACAUUCAUGAUUCGUCUUCAGGAAAAGAUUUAAAAUUCAAUACAGUAAACAGUGCUGCGUUUAUGCCGAAAUGUGUCGUUAUUGAUUCGGGCAAUUUCAAUUCGGGUGGUGAUAUUCCGCCAAACACUCCUUUUCAUGAAACAAUUAUAUAUGAAUUGCAUUUAAAAGGUUUUACAAAAUUAAAUCAAAAGAUUCCAGAAGAAAUACGUGGAACGUAUGCUGGUAUAGCACAUCCGAAAACAAUUGAAUAUUUAAAAAAUAUUGGAAUAACAGCGGUUGAAUUAAUGCCCGUACAGCAUUUUAUCACAGAUCGUUAUUUAAAAGAACGUGACUUAACAAAUUACUGGGGUUCUCAUACAAUUGGAUUUUUUUGCAUCAGAUGCAAUGAAUUUGGACCAUCAUUAUCAUUUAAAGGAAUUGAUAAUAAAAGUUAUUAUCGUCUCACUGAACAGGAUCAAAGAUAUUGCUUUGAUUAUACUGGAACGAGAAAUACACUUAAUUGUCAACUACCAUAUAUACUCAGAUUAAUUAUGGAUAGUCUCCGCUAUUGGAUAUGCAUGUCGACGGUUCCAGGUAAGUUUGAUUUGGCAGCUACACUUGCUCGUGAAUUACAUGCUGUUGAUCGUUUAAGUGCAUUUUUUGAUAUUAUUCAUCAAGACCCAGCUACUGUUUCAUAUAAUGAAAAACAUAACGAGAUGAAUGGUGAAAAUAGUCUGGGUAGCGAAAGUCGUAAUCGUUCAUGGAAUUGUAAUGUUGAAGGUCCAACAGAUGAUUUAAAUAUCAACUAA